AAGCUGACGAGGGCCCAGCGCGGGCUCUACCUCAAGGAAGUUAGCUGCAGAAACCCAGAUUGCCGCGGAAAGGAGGUGUCUCGGGUUCAAUGGCGACUGAAGAAGCUAGCGGCAGCGAUGGGAAAGGGCAGGACGGCGAGAGCUCCGUUACCUAUUAUCGGUUGGAGGAGGUGACAAAACGCAACUCCUCGAAGGAACUAUGGCUGGUGAUCCACGGGCGAGUUUACGAUAUCACCCGCUUCCUCAAUGAGCAUCCUGGUGGAGAAGAGGUUUUGCUAGAACAAGCUGGUACAGAUUCAACUGAAAGCUUUGAAGAUGUAGGCCAUUCCUCUGAUGCCAGAGAAAUGCUAAAGCAGUACUACAUCGGUGACGUCCAUCCGAGUGACCUUAAACCUGAAGGUGGUAACAAGGAUCCUUCGAAAAAUGAUACAUGCAAAAGUUGCUGGGCAUAUUGGAUUUUCCCUGUCAUAGGCGCUAUUCUCGUAGGUUUCCUGUAUCGUUGCUACAUGGCGGAAAGUAAAUCCUCCUGAGGAGACCGUGUUGAAGUAUGGGAAACACAUCCACUUGGGAGUAAAAAUUGGAGACUUGCUGUGAGGGCUAUAUUGGUGCCCUCUCGCUUAAAUCCUGCCGGUUGUAUUCUUCCCCCUUGGAGCCAAGACAGUUGACCAGACAUCCACCUCCAGUCUGGGACCAGUGUCCUUCAUCUCUGAGAGCCUUACUCCCAAACUACCUGCUCACUGUCCUGUGUCUUUGCCAUGUUUCUUCUCUUCAUUUAUUUCCACAGUAUCCUUACAUUUCAAACAUUUGUGUUAAUGAUUGUAAUUCAUAUGUCAUAGUGACAUUAUUCUUUGGAAAAAAUGCUUGCUUUCCAGUAAUUUGAAUGCACAUUAUACAUUCUUACCAAGGCAGCACUCUAAUUUUGAAGGUUUUUCUUUUCCCAUAUUUCUUUCAAGUAAAUAUUUUUUAAAAUUCUGAUUUAAUUCUAUUAUCACAAGGAGUUUAUUCAUGAAGUUAGGUACACAUCUAUUAAAACACACUGCCAAAUGAUCUUGUUCCUUUUUAUAUUUGUUAAAAGCAGAAAGAACUAUGUGGUUAUCUCCCUUCCAGGCUAAUAUAAGCUGAUAGCUCCUCCCACUCCCAGCCCCUUUUCAUUCCAAGGGAUGCUGAACAAAGAUGUGCCUCCCUUUGAUUUCUUGUGGGUGAGAAAAGCCAAAGGAAGGGAGGGAUGAAUUGAGGUAACAGAACCCUGGCAAAUUCACAGUAAUCUUUUGAAAACACUACUUUAAGAUAGGAGUUUAGAAAUGGCACCAAAUCUUCUCUUUGAUUUGGCACUAAUUUCUAACCAUCUUUCUCUUUUUCUACCUUUAUUUUAUUGGUAAAAUAUAAGUGUAUAAUUAUGUCUGUAGAGCCUACCAGGGAUUCUUGCUGCUGUUUUGUUUAUUGAUUAGCAAUUUUUGGUUCCCAGUUUUACACAAGUAAGAGAUUUCAGUUUGAUCUUUUGUUCGUCCAAGUAAAGUAACUUCCAUAUAAAAUGUCAUUUGAAAGUGGGAGAUCAUGACAAAAGGCAGUUUUCCAUUUCAUCUGUAUUUUACCUCCAUGGCUCCAACUUGUGGUUUUGUGCUUUCCAUUAAGAUUAAAGAAUUGGCAGUUUUUUCCCCUUCUUUGGAUGUGUGUUUCAUUGAAAAGUAGGUUAUUAUUUAGACUUAUUUACUAUUUCUUAUUGGGCCAGGUAUUCCUCUGGCAUUUUUUACUCCUCUUUCCCCCUACUGCCCUCACCACAAGGAAGCACCUAAAUAGAUAGUAUACUGGCUGUUUUGUGUCAGUAGCUAUGGUGAUUUUUCUCUCUAUUCUUUGAGGAUUAUUAGUCUGCUUCUGGGCCAUUGUCAUUUCCAGCAAGGAGCAGCUGGUUCAAGAAGGACUAUAGAUGCUGCUCAGUAUCUUCUCCCUCCCUUCCAGUUUGCCUGGUACUUGAGGAGACAGGAAACUGACCAGUAAACCAAGUCUGCUCAUACAAACUAUUUAAGAAAAAGUUCAACCCAGAUUUUAUAUCCUGUGACUUAGCAGUUGAAUGAAUUCAGAAUUCAUCAAAAUAAUAUUAAUCUUUUUCUUGCAUACUUGGAUAUGAUAUUUUGGAGUUAUUUCUGGCUGACUUUUUUAUAUAUCUGAUAUGGGUAUAAUCAAACUUUUAUCUUUAGAAAAUAUUUGUAUUAUAAGAUGCUACUUUAAGAAAAUGUAUUAAAUAUUUGGCUAUUAUGUAACAAGUAGUAUGAUUUGAUGCACCUCCAUUUAAAGACAAGAAAGGGUUGUCUUAAAUAAGGAUUGGUAUGUAAUUGCUAUAAUAAUUAAGUUGCAUGAUUACUUGGAGUGGAUUGGGGUAGAGGUAAAGAACAAAGGAGUAUUGAGGACCUGGAAAUGGAAUGCUCAAAGCUAAUGCUAAGCUAGAAGAUAACUUGGAUCAAUUGUAAAGUAUUUUGGCAGUAUCUAAAAUUGAGUGAAAAUCACCUGGCUUACAAGAAAUGCUAGAAGAACUAUAGUCUUAUGUAAAAUAGGUGUUUUUGAUAUUUCUAGGGGAAACACCAGACAAUGUUUUUCUAUUUCAUAUUGAUUUUUUUCCCCCAUUUAUAUGUGGACUUACUUUUUUACUAAGAGCCAGAGGGAAAAGAUUUUCAGACUUUGUCUCUAUUGUCCUUGAAAUCCAUGUAGAACCCAGGGCUUCUUUUGAAGUACUGCUAAUACUAUGUCACUUUGUAUUAUAAAAAACAAUUUUAAAGUCCAUUUACUGUAUAAUUUUGCUGUCUUCAUAAGCAACCAGGUGAAAAGUAGCUCUUGAGUGAGUUUGCAAAAGUUUUUCUAAAGUAUAAAUUAUACAGCACAAUAGCCAAAGUCACCCAAAAGGACUUUGGUUUAAGAACUAGAUUUGAAUUUUCUACACAAUCUUGGUGUUAGUAGCUCAUGGAAUCCCCUUUGAGAGCAAAUGGAGCUAGUCCCUGUUGGCUGACAGUAUCCCCCUGGGCCUGGGGUGUUCCUCUGUUAGUGUUUUUUCCUGAGGAGGGCCAGCUGCUGCUGCAGACUGUACUGUAUACAUAAUGGCUGGUGAAUGCAAGGAGGAAAUGAUACAAAUUUUGUGCUACAAAAAUAUAGGAUGUUAGGGCCCAUUCUCCAAAAUUUCUCAGCCCCUGACUCUUGGGAGUUGGUUUUCACUUCCAGAUGACUUCUGUCCAUAAAGGUAAGAAGGCAAUGGGGGACAAAGUGUAUAUUGUAUUUAAAUCUGCUCGUGUGGCAGCUUAAGCAUAAGUAGAAAUCCAUUGGAACCUAUCAUUUGAGCCUGUAGGGUUAUUUAAGCAGUUUUCAUAAAUCUUAUAUUGUGAAAUAAGAACACUGUUGGGUUUAUAUUCAUUUAGUUCUGAUGGGGUAUAAUGGAAAAAUGAUUUAUAGGCCAGUUGUAUCAUUCCUUAUAGAAUCUCAUACUUAAAAUAUCAAGUGAAAUCUACAUGGUUAAAUUUCAUUUUAAGAGAUUGAAAUGCAGAGCAUUAAUGUUCUUUACCUUCCACCCCAAGAGAAAUGGAUUUAGACAUGUCUUGUCUCAACAAGAAAUCGAUUUUUUUUAAACCAUCUUGUUUGUUGACAGCUAUCACAAAAAUAUUGGCUUAGUCUCAUUUGGCUGCUGUGCUCGAAAAAGUCCUGUUUAGAAUUUGUGGGGUGCUCAAGGACAGAGAUUUCACCAAAGCAGAGGGAGAUUUAUCAAAUUACCUACCCUGUAUCCAACAUCUUACUUACAAGUUUGAGUAGCUGCUCCUUGCCCACGCCUGUCACCUAUGUUUGCUGUUUGGGCAAAACAUUAUUUUGGUUAUUUAACUUUCUUUUUACUUCACUCUGGACUGUGAAUGAGUAACAUUAACAUUCCUUUUGUGUAUUCAAUAAUGGAAUUUGUUUACCUAUUUUAUUUCAGCAUAUUUUGAACAAAGAUCUCUGUCUCUGCUGGAAUGUGCACACAGUGAAUGGUUGUUAGAAUUACACACAAUAAAGAUACUGUUUUCCUUUU